AUGCAAAAAAGGCGUGCUGGUACGCCAUCGUCCUACUCCGACGCAGCUGAAAUGGGUGCCGAUGCGGGAGAGUUGGAUGGAGCUGCGGAUGGUGAUCGAAUAGAAUCUCCUCUACCAUCCGUUGGUAAGCGCAGUCCUGUUGAGAUGCAAGUAGUGGACAAAAAGGAGAAGAGGAAGAAAAGCAAGAACUCUCGAUCUCCAUGCACAAUACCAGCGCAGCCAGCACCCAGCGUGCAGGAUUCACCGACGGCUUCUGUAGGCUAUACAAGAUCCCGAACUACUAAGUCUGUACAUUUUCGAGAGAAUGUUCUUUGGGGACAGUCGUUACACUACGAACUUGAUGGAGGAGCAACUUCGACGUCGCCGUCAAAGUCCUCGUGUAAAUAUCUCAAUGUCACCGUGCACGCAAAAGAAGUACCUUCUACGCCACCGCCACCUGCGGCUGACUCCUCACCAGCCAAUCCUGGCGCACAAAUUCCCGAACCAGAGCCGCCAAAACCAAUUCUGUUGGGAUAUACUUCACUUUACGUACCACAAAUACUUGAUGACUGUCAACUUACACUCUCGAAUUAUCAUCGUGAAGUGUUCUACCUGAAACCUCCAACUGAUGUGCAGUCGAUCAACGACCCGUAA